GUCUCGCUCCCUACACGCGGCUGGGGGUUCGUCCCUCCUCUGUGACCCGCCUUCCCCGACAGCCUCGCCUCGGAGAUUCCGAGAGCCUAGAGGACAUGUGCCCGGUGCCAGUCAGAGUACAGACGCAAGAUAGAGAAUGUGAGAGGCUCUCUCCUGCUGUCUGAAGGGGUUCUGUCGCCCCUACAAGAGCUCCACUUUCUUUGGACAAGAUGCCUUUGGGACUUUCUGCAAGAAGAACCCGCUCCGAGGACGGAAGCGAGGUCUUCCUGGAAAGAAUGGCUGAUUGGGAGCUGAGCAGACUGCAGCAUCAAUGCAAACUGAUGGAGGGGGAAAGGCGGGCCUACAGCAAGGGAGUCCACCAGCGCAGCAACAAGCAACUUGAGGAGAUCCAGCGCCUGGAGGAGGCAUGGGACAAGCUUCAGGUCCAGAUCCGCGUCGCCCAGAGCCAGGUCAAGCGGCUGCGGGACAGUGAGAGGCUGCAGACCAUGGGCCACCUGCUGAAGUGCCAGGCCCAGGUGCAGGCCAAGGUGGGGGAGCUGCAGGAGCAGGCCAGAGCCCUGGACCAGCAGAUCCAGGAGUGGGAUACCCGGAUCUCUGCCCACGGCAAGGAUGCCACGACCCCGGGAUUCAUCCUGGACCAGAAGGUUAAGGUCCGGAGAAGGCUCAAGAUCCUAGAAGACCAGUUGGACAGGGUCACCUGUCGCUUUGAUGUCCAGUUGGCGCAGAAUGCUGCCCUGCGGGAGGAGCUGGAUCUCCUGAGGAUCGAGCGGAACUGCUAUCUGAAUGUGGAUCGCAAGUUUCAGAAGGAGCUCCACCAGCUGCGGCACACAGUCGGCGGCCUCAUGGUCUCCUCCACCUCUGCCUUCGCUGUCAGGGAGGAGGCAAAGAGCAAGACGGGCCUGCUGCGGGAAAGGGCGGAGCAGGAGGCGGCCCAGCAGCGGACCGAGGUGCAGCUCCUGCAGCGGCAGAUCGCGCACCUGGACCAGCUGCACCGCUUCCUCGAGCGCAAGGACCACCGGCAGCUCGACCCCGCCGUCGUGGAGAAGCGCGAGAAGCGGGCCCGGGAGGCGGCCCGGGGCCUCCGGAAGACCUCGCAAGAGGAGCUGCUGCCGCGCGACGAGGACGCCCUGAUCAAACUGUCCCGGCGGACCGGGGAGAGCGACCCCGGCCUGAUGGUGGAGAAGUACCUGGAGCUGGAGGACCGCAACUUCGCGGAGUUCAACUUCGUCAACGAGCAGAACUCGGGGCUGGAGCGCCUGCGGGAGGAGACCAGGGGGGUGCAGGAGGCCAAGGACAGGGCGCAGAGCAGCGAGGGGAGCCGGCGCUCGCGGCAAGCGCAGCAGCGAGCCGCCCUGCAGCAGCGCGUGGACGAGGUGCAUGCGGAGGCCAAGACCCUCGAGGGCCGCUUCCAGGACUUUCGGGGACAGUUGGAGAAGCUUAAGACCGAUAUCCAGCGGCUCUUCAUCAGGGUGCAGGGCGACACCACCACCAUCAACGACCUCCUGGGGGUCAAGACCUACAUGCGAGACCAGGAUGUAGGCCUCUUCCUGGGCCUCAUUGAGAAGCAGCUUGUGGAGCUCCUGGCGGUGCAGGCCUUCCUAGAUGCCCAGAGCGACUCUCCUGCCAGCUGGGCCGGUGCCGCCCUCCUAGUGCUGGGCCAGAGCCCUGAGGAAUUUCCAAAGAAGCUGACCCCACCUCAGCUCCCUGACCAUCUGGAUGACUCUGUGGGCUUUGAGGCCAGAGACGACUAUCCUAUGAGCAAGGAGGAGCUGCUGAUCCACAUGACGAAGCUGAGGAGCUGGACAGAGCCCCAAGUGUGGUCCUCUCCAGCCCGGAGGGCCAGCUCCAGCACACCCCCGAUGACCAGCAGGAGUCCCAGUAUUGUCCCAGGGUCCACCCUGAGCCACAGGAUGAGCGGCAUCCUGAUGUCCAGUGGAGGCCGUGCCACCAGCUCCAGUGUCAGCCAUGUCGCCUUCCCUGACCCCAGCUCCAGCACAGGCCGCGUGACCUUUGGCUCUGCCAAUGUCACUGAGGGACUGGUAUCCAGCUGGAGCUCAGCUGGGGGCCAUGUAACCUUCAGAUCCCUCAGCUCUGGUAGUUACUGGGGGUCCACUGGAUACUUGGGGUCCAGUGCAGGCCAAGAAAGCAUUAGCGGCACGGAGGGCAGAGGUGCCGGGUCACAAUCGAGUGGAGGCCUCGAGUCCAGCAUAGGCUGAGUCUCAAGUGCCGGCAGUGCCUCCAGCAUCGACCUGGGCUCCACCACCAGCAAAGGCGCCCAGGGCUACUGCCAGGGCCCAGCCUACCCGGCUCCUUGCAGAGCCUCCUCUGUGUCUCCACCCACCGAGUUCCCUGCGGCUUUCCAUCUUUCCCUCCCAGUUCCAGGCCCCUGCCUCCCUCUGCCCCUGCGUCUGUCUCCACCACCCUCCAUGUGCCCGCAUGGCUGUCUCCACCCGCUCCUCACCGCGUCCUCAUCUGUCUCCUGCCCCCUUCUCUCUGUUCCCAGCGUUCCUUUCGCCUCUGUCUCCCAAGCUCCUGUUCUCUCGGUUUUUCAUUCAGUGUGCGUGUGUGUCAUCUCCACGUCUGUGUCCCCAUCCCUGCUCUAACCUCUGUUUGUCCCCCGCCUCCUGGUUCUGCUUCUCUGUUUCUAAUUCCCCCUCUUCAUCCCCAUCUCCCAGACUCUCCUUGCAUCUCAGGUCCUGUCUCUGUAGCGCCUCCUUCCUCGCCCUCCCCCAAAACCCCCAGUUUUGACCAGUGGGGGAGGAAUCAGGCAAAGACUUCAGGGUCACCAUGAGCUGUGACCAUAGGAAAUAAAAGUUAGAGCCUGGCUUUGA